AUGGUCUGGCGCACGACCCUGAUCACAAUAUCCAUAUGCUUCUUGCUGGGUACCACCUUCACCCACUGGAUCGCGGACCAUAAUGUCCUCUGGCGGUCACCCAUCACCGAGGAAGCGCUCUUGACAUCUAUAUCAUACUAUUCGCUGCUGUCGACAGCGCCACAUGGGCUGGGGUGGGCCUACAUAGGCGUGGGGAUGAUUGCGCUAUUGAGCACAGCCGGGAGGAUGUUCAAGUGGUUCGGGACGGGCAAGGGAGAGGUGGUAUUUGAUGGAGGGAGUGUGGUAUUGCUUGCUGCGAUCACAUAUACGCAGUUGAGCGAGGUCUUUCCAGCGAUUCUCUUGUUCCCGACACCGCUUCCCGCCAAGCUGGUCGGUUCGCCUCUCUUUCCCAUCCUGUCGAACGCUGCAAAGGAACUUGCAAGCGAUAAUAUCAAGACGGCGGUCAUGCUUACCGGCGUCAUGCUGCUUCAGGGCGGCCGGUACUAUGCCAAGCGACCAUCAAAACAAGUGCUCGACGAAGAUUCAGCCCCAUCAACACCUCCUCAGACCGAGGAACCACCUCGUGCUCCCCGCUCGCCGAUUGCUGGACGGGCCGCCACGCCAUACAGGGAGCUGUCGGAAGCGGAAGCGAUGGAGUUAAAGCAGCCCGAGGGGGCGGCAAGAUUGGCAGUGCCGGGCAGUAGUAAGGUCCGGAAGGGGUGA